UCCUCAUUUCUAUCAGGCACAAUUUGGGGCAGGCUUUUGUUCAGUUGAAGGGGGCCUGAUUGUAGUCCUCCCCCCCAUCGGGCUCCAAAAUGUCGGGAGAAGUAUACCUCCUGUGGCUGCUUUGGCUUUUAAAAACGCUGUCGGCGUCGGGCUCCGAGUUGUCGUCGGAGGCUUGCAGGGAUCUGGGCUUCUCCAGCAACUUGCUGUGUAGUUCCUGCGACCUGCUCGGGGAGUUCGCCCUUAGCCGACUGCAACCCGACUGCGGGCGAUGCUGCCAGCAGGAAGCCCAAUUGGCAGCGCGCAAGCUCUAUGCCGGGGCCAUCCUGGAGGUGUGCGGAUGAAAAUUGGGAAGGUUCCCUCAAGUCCAAGCUUUUGUCAAGGGUGACAAGCCAAAGAUGUUCAAGGGUCUACAGAUCAAGUACGUGCGAGGCUCGGAUCCUGUACUGAAGCUUUUGGACGAUAACGGGAACAUCUCCGAGGAACUCAGCAUCCUCAAGUGGAACACGGACAGCGUGGAGGAGUUCUUGAGUGAAAAAUUAGACCGGAUUUAAACACGGCUUUCAAUUGCAUUUCUUGAUCCACUUUCAAAUUCAACCCUUUUUUGACAUUGACUUAAGAAAUUCCAACUAAGGAAAGCGGCCUUCCGAAACCGCUUUGGCGUCAUUUCGUGAAUGGAUUGUCGAUGACGACGGACGUCCGAUCCCUUUGGACCGCGGCGGCCGGCGCCGUCCGAUACGUCGACGAGCGAUCGUUCCUCGCCGGCCGUUUCCGUUCAAAUGGAUCGGAGGUCUGUUGCCGUCGACGGUCAUUUUGUCGAGUGCGUUUUGACUUUCACUUGGAUUUAUUUUAUUUUUUGGGGGGGGGUCUUUUUCCUCAUGUUUACGAACGCGGCCGAGCUCCAAAGAAUCGAUUGUGAGUUAGCGUCUAAAAGUAGACCGUAUCGUCGCGGGGUCCGUUUGUGAAGAGCUCACCUUAAAGCGCUUUCGGGGAGUGAGCUCUGAUGUGUUUAGUGUCCCGCGACUUCAUCUGACCUUGGACGCCGACUCUGUCUGUUGUUGGAGAUUUCAAUUAAAGAAAUGUGUGUCCGGACCAUCGUCUGUAGUUUUAUGCACGGGCAAAGAGUGACUCCUACUAAUGACAGCUUGAGUGAUAGGAUGAGACCGUAUUCAUUCGUUCAUCAAAGGUAAUCAUUCAAAUGGAUCCCAUUCUUACUUUAUGUUUAUUAUUGGCAACUAAAGCUUAAUCAAAUGAUUCCUUGAAACAUUUUUGAACCCAAGACCUCUAGUUCCGCGGCAUCCAAACUGGUCCCCGAGGGCCGCCGUGGGUCAGGUAGUUUAUUCAAUGAAGUUUCUGCUAAAACAAGCGGUGACUCCACUCGGCUGGUUACACUUGUUUUGCUGGAAUGAAAUCCAGCACUCGCUGUGGAAUAGUUUGGACACCCAUUCUAAAUAAUAUAUGAAUAUAUACGGUACAUUCAAAAAAAAAUGUAUUAAUAUAUUUUUGAAUAUGUUCAAUGGAAAAGAAAAAAAAGAGUUAUUAUUCUCGACGUAUUUUAAUGUUUAUUUUUUUCUUUCUAAAAGGCAUUAAAAAAACAAUAGCAAAUGCCCACAAUGUUGUGAAAUAAUGUCAUUUGUAAAAUUCAAAUAUGAGUUACUGUUUGAAGUGCCCCCGACUCGGGCGAUCAUUUGUUGAUGAAUCUAGCAGAGAGAGAGAGAAAAUCGUAGUUCUGUCUGGCGCGCGGCUGCCAAUUGAUCCAAAUGGAACGGUGAGCUUGCGUGUCUCAUUUAGUCUAGACUGCACUGGCGCCGUGUGCCGACGUCGCGUAAGCUUCCGCGCCGCUCUUGCUCGUCAAGCCACCGGGCCCCGGGGCCGGGAGGAGUAUAUAAGCCGCCACUUGCGGAUGCAGGCCGCCCGCCGACCAGGCUCCGCAGUUGCACGGCAGCUGCACGUAAGGUGGGCCGCGCUGUCCGAGGCGAGCCCAGCCCCCGAAGACGGGCGCGCCGUAGCCGCUCGGCGGCGGUGGCUGGAACUCGGCCA